CUGGGAGCUGUAGUGCCCUGGGCGCAGCGGCGAGGGGCGCUGCCUCCUCAGCUAAGCCGUUAGCGCCCAGCCCGCCCGGGUGCGGGUCGCGGGCGGCGGCCGCGGCGGCACCCCUGCCAGUGAGCCCCUGUCCGAAGUGGGCCACGGCAUUGACUCGGGGCUGCCCGGGGACCAGGCACUGAGGAGGGAGCUGCGCGCGCGAGGCGAGGGUGAUGGGGCCGAGAAGAACCGGGGCGAUAGCGCGGCAGCGGUGACAGCUGGGACCCGCCGCGGUCGGGCUGCCCCCUCCCGUCGCCCCGACCGCUCCCCUGCUGGUGAGGGCCGGUGGAGGCGGCGGAGGCGGCGCCCCUGGUGGCAGUGGUGGCGGCGGCGGCGGGGCAGCCCCCGGGAUCGUGUCCGGGGCUCGGGGAGUGGGUGGCGCCCGGAGAGCUAUGCGCGGGGGCGGCGGCGUCUCCUCCUGUUCCGCCUUCUCAGUCUCUUCCUCCUCAGUCUCAUCGGUCUCGCAGAAUCCGCCGCCGGCGACGGCGGCGUCGGCGGCGGCGGCGGCGGCGCCAGAACAUGGAGCUCGAGAACAUCAUGGCCAACUCGCUGCUGCUGAAAGCGCGUCAAGAAAGGGAAUAUAACAGUCUUUGUGACAAGCAACCGAUAGGAAGACUUCUCUUCAGGCAGUUCUGUGAUACCAAACCCACUCUAAAGAGGCACAUUGAAUUCUUGGAUGCAGUGGCAGACUAUGAAGUUGCCAAUGAUGAGGACCGAAGUGAUUAUGGACUGUCAAUCUUAGAUAUAUUCUUCAAUGAUAAGUUGGCAGCCCCUUUACCAGAAAUACCUCCAGAUGUUGUGAGAGAAUGUAGAUUGGGACUGAAGGAGGAGAACCCUUCCAAAAAAGUCUUUGAGGAAUGUACUAGAGUUACCCAUAACUACUUAAGAGGGGAACCAUUUGAAGAAUACCAAGAAAGCUCAUAUUUUUCUCAGUUUUUACAAUGGAAAUGGCUGGAAAGGCAGCCCGUAACCAAGAACACAUUUAGACAUUACAGAGUUCUAGGAAAAGGCGGAUUUGGAGAGGUUUGUGCCUGUCAAGUGCGAGCCACAGGAAAAAUGUAUGCCUGUAAAAAGCUACAAAAAAAAAGAAUAAAGAAGAGGAAAGGUGAAGCUAUGGCUCUAAAUGAAAAAAGAAUUCUGGAGAAAGUUCAAAGUAGAUUCGUAGUUAGUUUAGCCUACGCUUACGAAACCAAAGAUGCCUUGUGCUUGGUGCUCACCAUUAUGAAUGGAGGGGAUUUGAAGUUUCACAUUUACAACCUGGGUAAUCCCGGCUUUGAUGAGCAGAGAGCUGUUUUCUAUGCUGCAGAGCUGUGUUGCGGCUUGGAAGAUUUACAGAGGGAAAGAAUUGUAUACAGAGACUUAAAGCCUGAGAAUAUUCUCCUUGAUGAUCACGGACACAUCCGGAUUUCAGACCUCGGUUUGGCCCUGGAGAUCCCCGAAGGGCAGAUGGCUCGAGGAAGAGUUGGAACAGUCGGCUACAUGGCACCUGAAGUUGUCAAUAAUGAAAAGUAUACAUUUAGUCCCGAUUGGUGGGGACUUGGCUGUCUGAUCUAUGAAAUGAUUCAGGGACAUUCUCCAUUCAAAAAAUACAAAGAAAAAGUCAAACGGGAGGAGAUCGAUCAAAGAAUCAAGAAUGAUACUGAGGAGUAUUCCGAGAAGUUUUCAGAGGAUGCCAAAUCUAUCUGCAGGAUGUUACUCACCAAGAAUCCAAGCAAGCGGCUGGGCUGCAGGGGCGAGGGAGCGGCUGGGGUGAAGCAGCACCCCGUGUUCAAGAACAUCAACUUCAGGAGGCUGGAGGCAAACAUGUUGGAGCCCCCUUUCUGUCCUGAUCCUCAGGCCGUUUACUGUAAGGAUGUCCUGGAUAUCGAGCAGUUCUCGGCAGUGAAAGGGAUCUACCUGGACACCGCAGAUGAAGACUUCUACGCUCAGUUUGCUACAGGGUGUGUCUCCAUCCCCUGGCAGAAUGAGAUGAUCGAAUCUGGGUGUUUCAAAGACAUCAACAAAAGUGAAAGGGAGAAAGCUUUGCCGUUAAAUCUAGACAAGAACAUCCAUACCCCGGUUUCCAGACCAAACAGAGGCUUCUUCUAUAGACUCUUCAGAAGAGGGGGCUGCCUGACCAUGGUCCCUAGUGAGAAGGAAGUGGAACCCAAGCGAUGCUGAGCAUCCCCCUGCAGACCGCAGAGCAGACCCUGGCGCCAGGAGGGAGCAGGUGUGGGCGUCUCCUCCUGACUGGAAUUGUAAUAAAUACAUCUAAAUAAAACGUGCCUUGGGAGUGUGCAGAUCUUUCCACACUAAUACCUGAGUUGUGUUUUCAGUAAAGCUGGAUUGAAGAAAAAGCCGCAAGUGUACCCCCUGAGGCCUCAGACACGCCCAGGUGUGGGCGCCUUGCGUGCUGGGGUGUGAGCUUUCCCUGCACCCAGGGAGAGGCCAGCUGGGGCUUGGGAAUGGAUGGCGAGUCCACCAGCCCUGCACUGCCCUGUGCCACCCCCAGACUUGGUCUGAAUACUCAGCCAGGGAUGUGGUGGUCCAGGAAGAGACGGGCAGCCGGGCCUCCCUUUCCCCAGGGCCUGGGUGUCAGACAGCCGGAGCCCGUUGGCAUUUCCUGCAUCUUCCGAUGGCUAUCCCGUUGCCUUGUGCCCCUCAUUGAGAUUCCUGAGGUUUGUGUGUUUGUGGCCAGUUUUUAUUUUCUCCAAGCCUAUCUAUCUGCCCUUGAAAGGGGCGGCUCCCAUGACCCUGCAGUCAGGGCCUGGCGGCCAGGGCCCCAGCGUGCACCUGGCAUGCGGUGACAGCCUCCACCGUGGGA